AUGCUAGACCCUCCACCAGCUGUCAGCAGUCACCGGAAGAGUAGCCACGACCCUCCACCAGCUGUCAGCAGUCGCUGGAGCAGUAUCCAAGACCCUCCACCAGCUAUCACGACUCGCUGGGUCAGCAUCCAAGACCCUUCACCAGCUGUCACCACUCGCUGGGUCAGCAUCCAAGACCCUUCACCAGCUGUCACCACUCGCCGGGUCAGCAGCCAAGACCCUUCACCAGCUGUCACCACUCGCCGGCAAGCCUUCACCAGCUUCACACUCACGCGGGUCAAGCAGCCAGAAUUACCACCUUGUCACCACUCCCGGGUCAGCAGCCAAGACCCUCCACCACGGCAGCUGUCACCACUCGCCGGAUCAGCAGCCAAGACCUACCAGCUGUCACCACUCGCCGGGCCAGUAUCAGAGAACCUUCACCCAGCUGUCACACUUCGCCGGGUCAGCAGCCAAGACCCUUCACCACCUGUCACCACUCGCCGGGCCAGCAUCCAAGACCCUUCACCAGCUGUCACCACUCGCAGGGUCAGCAUCCAAGACCCUCCCUCAGCUGUCACCACUCGCCGGGUCAGCAUCCAAGACCCUUCACCAGCUGUCACCACUCGCCGGGUCAGCAUCCAAGACCCUUCACCAGCUGUCACCACUCGCAGGGUCAGCAUCCAAGACCCUCCCUCAGCUGUCACCACUCACAGGUCAGCAUCCAAGACCCUCCCUCAGCUGUCACCACUCGCCGGGUCAGCAUCCAAGACCCUCCCUCAACUGUCACCACUCACAGGGUCAGCAUCCAAGACCCUUCACCAGCUGUCACCACUCGCCGGGUCAGCAUCCAAGACCCUCCCUCAGCUGUCACCACUCGCCGGGUCAGCAUCCAAGACCCUCCCUCAGCUGUCACCACUCACCGGGUCAGCAUCCAAGACCCUUCACCAGCUGUCACCACUCGCCGGGUCAGCAUCCAAGACCCUUCACCAGCUAUCACCACUCGCUGGGUCAGCAGCGAAGACCCUUCACCAGCUAUCACCACUCACUGGGUCAGUAUCCAAGACCCUCCAUCAGCUGUCACUACUCCCCGGGUUUCAGAAGAGUAGCUGCCAUUCACUGCUGUCUGUAUGCUGGCAGCUGCUGCAUGAGGCCAAGAAGAUCAGCCACCGGCUGAGCCUGGUGUUCAGCCUGGCCAGUGUGGGGAUCAUCACUAUCAUCACUCUAGUCCAGCCCUGGGUCCAAUUCCAGGUGCCACUGAUGCCCGCUGAGGAUGCUGCUGGCUCCCUGACCAUGCUCAUCAACACCAUCUUCUUUGUGCAGUGCUCUGACAUCUCCUGCCGGCAUUGGAACAACCAUGAUGCUUACUUGCGGGACCUGGCCUGGGCCUUCCUCAUCUCCAGCAUAGCCAGCCUCUGCCUCUGCGUAGCCCUAAUGAGCACCAUCUUCUUUACCAGCUCCAACCUGCCCAUGCUGGAUUUCUUCAGCAGCAGCAGCAGCAUCCUGACAGGCACAGCACUAAGAUCCUUUCCUUGGGAACUUCGCCCAGUGGCAAUCAUGAAACCCAACCCUAUCCCCACCACACUCCAAUCCCAUCCCCAUCCUCACCUUCAUCCCAAAUCCUAAUCCUAUUUCCUUCCAAAUCUCUAACCCAUCCCAAUAAAAAAUAUCAACCUCCA